GAGAGAAGGGAAUAAACAUACAGGAGCCACCAGCCAUCAGUUCAAACUGAAGUCAGUAUGUUCCAACUGAAGGUUAAUCCGGUUACCGGGAAAUCCGAGUGGAUAGUGAUUGAAGAAGAUGAAGAAUCAUCAGUAGUAGUAGAUCUGGCGACCACUUGUUACCUUGAUAUGCUGAAUGACGCCCCAAGAAACUCCGCCUAUCUUCACGCCAUUCACUCUACUCUUCUUCUUUUUUCAAACAACCAUUCUCCUCUUCAUGUUCUCGAUAUUGGUUCGGGAACUGGCUUGCUGUCCAUGAUGGCCGCGCGGUCUAUGAGCCAUCACCAUUCAUCUAAAGGUUUCGUCACAGCAUGUGAAUCAUACCUUCCCAUGUUUAAGCUGAUGAACAAGGUUUUGCGUGCCAAUCAUAUGAACACAACCAUACGUGUUUUUAAUAAGAGAUCAGAUGAAUUACAAGUUGGGCAUCACAUUCCUUCUCGUGCUCAUGUUCUAGUUAGUGAAAUACUAGACUCUGAACUUCUGGGUGAAGGUCUCAUCCCUACUCUUCAGCACGCACAUGAUUGUCUACUGGUCGAAAAUUACAAAACCGUGCCUUACAAAGCCACUACUUAUGCCCAGCUGGUGGAGAGUACAUAUCUGUGGAAGCUGCAUGAUCUAUUUAACAACGAGGCAAAUGCAGCAGACGGAAUUCAUCUUGUUCCAAAAGGCAAGGAGACUAUUUUGCGAGUCAAACCACAACAGCUUGCUAUGCAUUGCGAUGCAAUUGGUGAAGAAAUUCGACUGCUUUCCGAACCUUUCAAAGUUUUUGAAUUUGACUUUUCAAAACGGCCAGACAGUCAUGGGGAAACUCAGGUGCAUAUAAAAGCAACCAAUGAUGGUACAGUUCAUGCUGUUAUUUCAUGGUGGGUACUUCAGCUUGAUUAUGAAGGACUGAUUUAUUAUUCCACCGCUCCUAAAUGGGUUACUCCACUCCAAAAUAAUGGAUUACCAUCUUCAUAUUCUUGUAUUAGAUAUUGGUGUGAUCAUUGGAAACAGUGUGUUUGGUUCAGCAAAGGGAAAGGUUUACUGGUUCGCAAAGAUGAGAAUGUUUGUAUGAAUGCUAUUCAUACAGAUAUUAGCAUCUCCUACGAAUUUCAAUCUCAGUCACAGAGGUCGGAGGUGGAUGGUCAUGAUCUUAGCCCUCAACUUUUAAGCGUUACUCUCUCCCCAGAAAGGAUUGCAAUCUAUGGAGAUAACAACUGGAGACUUUCUAUGUUAAAAGCCAUAGACUACGCUUUGAAAGAGAAAGACUCUCCUUUGUGUGUUGUUGCAGACGAUAGUGUUUUCCUAACAAUCAUGGUUGCUCAUCUUUCCAAGAAAUCCCGCACGAUAGCAUUGUUUCCUGGUCUACGCGAGAAGGGUUCUAAGUACCUGGAAGCUGUUGCUGAUGAAAAUGGUUACUCAAUGGAUAGGGUACAAGUUAUCAACUCAAAGAAGCAGUUGACAUUGGAUGAUACUCAACAAAAGAAGGCUGAUCUUUUGAUAGCGGAGCCAUUUUACUUUGGCUCUGAAGGGAUGCUUCCUUGGCAGAGUCUGCAAUUUUGGAGUAGAAGAACAAUGCUCGAUUCCAUCUUAUCUGAAGAUGUGUGCAUCAUGCCUUGCAAAGGGAUUCUAAAGGGUUGUGCAAUGUCUCUUCCGGAUCUUUGGAGGAGUCGUCGUGCCCUUGAAAACAUUGAAGGAUUUGAUCACUCAAUGGUGAACUCUACUUUAGGAGCAUGCGGCGGCCUAUCAUCCUCAUUGGAAAUUCCUUGUUUACCAUUUUUUAUUUGGCAAUGUGGAGAAACAAAGAAACUCAGUGAUACGUGCACUAUUUUGGAGUUUGAUUUCUUGAAACCCAUGACUUCUUGCCAUGGGAAAGCCACGGUUGAGUUCGUGGACACAGGUGUGUGUCAUGGCUUUGCACUUUGGAUAGAUUGGGUAAUAUUAUCAACCAACAACAUUGUCAUGUCAACUGGACCAGAUCAACGGUAUUGGAAACAAGGUAUCAAACUUCUGGCAGAGCCUUUUAAAGUCACCAAAAACAUUCCUGGAAUCUGUUCAGCGGUUCUUGAGGCAUCUUUUGAUUCAUCCAGUGGUGAGCUUUCAGUCAAGUACAAUUGAUGUCAUCGUCAGUCAGAUUCAUACCAUCAUGUAAGAGAUCGUCUGAUUAAAUCAAUAGUUAUCUGAAUUCGGAUUUAGGAUCAGUUUGUGUAUAUUAAUAUACAGAGUUUGAUUUAAAAGUUAUUUGAUCGUGUGAUAGAUGUGAUAUAUAUGUCGAAAUUCAUAGUUAGGUAUGCAGAAAUACAGUUUAUGCUACACAGAA